UUUGGAAAAUGCAAGAAAUUCUGUGUUUGUUUGAUCUAUAUACAUGAAUUGUACAUUAAAGAUAGUUUUAACACUGAGGUUCUUUUUCUUUUGAAAAAUUUUGUUUAAUUUAAAUUUUUGAUCACAUUUUUUUAAACACUAGCUUUACAAUUUUGCAUGUGUGCUGUCUGAAUAGGAUGUGUUAGGCUCUAAUUGAAAAAGUGUGAUAUACAAUUAUUGCAUUUUGUAUUUUCAGAUUAGUUAUAAAAUAUUCAUGCUUUGUAAAACAUAGAAAAGCGUAGUUCUCGUUUGUUUACUAUAUUUUACGGAUUAAAUUUUGACUGUCUCUGAACCUUCUCUGGGCCCUGGGGUUGUGUGGAAUACCACAAAAAAUUGCAUCCGAUUGGUUCAGUCCUUUUCACGUUAAUUGGAUACAAAGAAGCAGGGAAAAAUAGCUUCAUGUAUAUAACAUAUACAUAUCAAUUUUUCAGCCUGGUUAAAAGAAUACUGAAGAGUGACUAACAAGCCAUGAAUCAAUUUGUAUAGAAAUAAACUGAAAUAUAUUACAAUACUUUAAAGUGUUCCAGGGAUUUUAAAUAUAUCAUAAAUAUUCUAUUUAAUAAAUUUGAUUCUAUUUAUUGAGAAAAUGCCGGAUCACGAAUGGCGAGAUACAAUUAAAACUACCUACAAUGAAUGGAGACACAAUGACAAGCACAGAAGUAUAAAAGAAUAUUUUAAUGAAGUGCAGAAUAAAGAAGUUGGAAGAGCCUACAAACAAGACAGCAACUCCAUCUAUCCAUCACUACAGGAACUAUCAGAACAAAUGAGUGAAGGAGAGAAAGACAAGUCGGAAAAAAUAUUAAAGAAAACAGAAGACAACAAAGUCCAAUUUCUUGGAGCUGAUAUAGAGGUUAGCGAGGAGGAUGAAGAGGCUGAAGAAUAUGCUCGUGAGACCAUCUAUGGAGGUUUCAGACACACUAUGAAGAAACUCCUGAACAUGUCCUAUCUUUCAACAAAGACAAUUGGCGAUGUGAUGAAAAAACUACUGAAGAAAUUAAUAGAUUUUAUGGAGGUGGGCCUUCAGAGUGGAGUGAUAGCCAUAGGGUUUACAAUUGGUCACAUAGUGGCCCAAGUUCAUCCCAUCCCAGACACAGAGCUACAUCCACACCUUGGAAUACAGUGUGUUCAGGAUCUAGGAUUUGUAAACUAUGGCGAGACAGUGAAAAAUCAACCAAAAUUAACAUUUUUCCCCAAAACAGUUGAAGAAAUUAAAUCUGUAAUCAGAUAUGGUAGAGCUGAAGGCAGAAGAGUGAGAUGCGCUGGAAUGAAACACAGCUGGAGUCACAUGUUCAGUGAUGACGGCGAGAUCUUGGUGUACCUUCUCCCUUUGUCAGUAACAGACACAAUAUCCUUCUCGAGAAAUGGGAUUCAUUCCAUGGAGAAAAUACUGAAAGAGUGGAACUCAGAACUCAGUGGGAUUGAGUUAGUUGAAGAGCUUGAGGAUGAUCAUGCUGCUGUACGGGUUGGAGCUGCUACAACCAACCUAGAGAUGCUCAAUUGGUCAAAUCAGUCUGGUUGGACUCUUCCUGUAGAUAUUAUUGCUGUGAUGAUUACCUACGGAGGAAGCAAUGCUAUGAUCUGCCAUGGAGCAGGUCUUCAUUCUAAAACCCUUUCUGAUCUUGUUCUGAAAAUAGAGUUUAUUGACGCCAACGGGGACUACAGGAGCGAGGAUGAUGCUGAAAAACUUAAAGCUUUGGGCGGAUGCUUCGGAUUAGCCGGAAUUGUGACCUUUGUGACCCUACGUCUGGACAAGAUGACAUAUGCAAGAUUCCAGCCCAAAAAAUCUUUAAUGGUAGAUUCAAUACCUAAACCUGGGACUGAUCCCAGCUCUCAGGAGUUUAAGCACAUGGUGGAUUUAUGCUCUAAGUAUUAUGUUGAGUUCUUCUGGUUCCCCAGUCACGGAGAGGAUUCAGGAUAUUGGGAAAACUGCUGGGACAACGAUGGAAGAGAGGAGGAUGCAAUAGAUAUAAACCUGGGACUUGAUGAUCAUUAUCAGAUUACAACAACUUAUCUAUUCGAAGUUAUCAUGAAGGUUCUGCAGCCCUUAACUCUAAUGACCAGGGAAGAACAUUACGAUGAGAAAACAUCUUUACAAGAAUGUCUCAAGUACAUUUUCUCCAAGGUUGUAAGUUUAACUGGACACCAAGCUCUCCCUGAGCCUGAGGAGCCUGCAACUACAUCUUUAGUUGAAGCUCUGCAUUUCAGACGAGGUUUCCACUACAUAGCUGUCAGAGAAAUGGAAAUGGAGAUUCCAAUUCCAAGUUUAGAAGAUGGUAGUCCAGACUACAGUAUUGUAUCAAAAGCCUGGUGGGACGGAGUCCAUCUAAUUCAGGAAUAUGAGAAACGGGGUAUUUUUGCUGUGGAUAUGGCAUUAGAGCUUCGUAUAAUGGGGGGAAGUGAUAUUCUCAUGGCCUCUCAAUUUGGAAACAAGCACGGUACUCUAGCUAUAGAACCAGUCUCAACUAGAAUUGUAGACAAGGAAAUAUGGGAGGACUUUAAGGAGGACCUGGCUAGGGUAUGGAUGGGGUACAAGGACUGGGACGGAUCUAAAGUCCUCUCCAGAGUCCACUGGGCUAAGGAAUCUCCAAGAUCUGUACAAAUAGACGAUGAAACCUUCGAUACAAUAAAAUACUGGCAGAGAAGUGACGUUUACGGAACCAAUAUGGAGAAAUUCUUUGAUAUUCUCAGUGGUUACAACAGUGUAGAGGAUAUGUACAGAAUGUUCAGCAACAAAUACCUGGAUGUACUUUUUAAACCUCAGUGGGAAAGAUUUGGAAUUGAUGUCCAAUCCGAGUACCCAGCCAUCAAACCUCCCACCAACGGUGUCCAUAAACCAGAGGGAACCAAUGGAUCUUUUCCUGGAGAUGAAGAAAAGUCUACAUGUUGCACCAUUACUUAGCCUUUAUUAAAAUUAUUAAAUGACCAUCUUGUUAUUGGAUGAUCGAAUUUUCAAAAUUUGCCUCUAACAACAUUCGAUU